AUGGCGGGAACUCUUGGCGCCAUACCACGAACCCUCUCUUUGGCGGGCUAUUUCAUUCCUAUUUCAGCCAUGUCCCACAACGGCGGCCCUGAAAUCGAAGGACCCAUCCCAAAGGUUCAAAAAAUCGACGAUCGAAAUGGAAACUCAGACCACCAACAGCCUCUUUUCAGAGUGAAAAAGCUAUCGGAGAAAGCAAUUUUGCCUGCAAGAGGUUCGUCUCUUGCCGCUGGUUACGAUUUUUCAAGUGCAAUUGAUACCAAAGUGCCAGCAAGGGGUAAAGCACUGGUUCCCACAGAUUUAUCCAUAGCUGUACCAGAAGGGACAUAUGCUCGAAUUGCUCCGAGAUCUGGUCUCACAUGGAAGCAUUCAAUUGAUGUUGGGGCUGGUGUGAUUGAUGCCGACUACAGGGGCCCAGUUGGGGUUAUCUUGUUCAACCAUUCUGAUAGUGAUUUUGAAGUGAAAACUGGUGAUAGAAUUGCACAGUUGAUUAUUGAGAAGAUAAUCACACCUGAAGUCGUUGAGGUUGAUGAUCUUGAUUCAACUGUAAGAGGUGCAGGUGGGUUUGGAUCUACUGGCGUUUAACGAUUUGUACAAGUAAUUGUGCUAUUGAGAACUAUUAUUCAAUUUAGCUCUUAGAUUUAGGAACUUUACAUGAUUGUUUGAUAUAAACUGUUCGUGGUUUUUUGUGGAACAUUUCGUCGAGCAGAUGGUGGGUGUGUGAAAAUGGUCAUGUG